CGUUUCUGAUUGGCCAGUGUGCGUUCUUCCCUCCAGCCCGGAUUUGGUCCGGAAGAACUCCCGUUAACCGAGCGCUGUUUGCUGGGCGGCAGGUUUCGUGCGUUAUGAACGUAAUGGGGACGCCGUAGUUCUACUGUUAUUGUUAUUCAGAUGAUUUGAAUUUUUUUUUGUGUGUGCGACUCUGUGAUAGUUUAUUACUAAGUGGUUGACAACGGUAGCAUUAAUGUCUGUCCGAUCAGAUCUGACCAAAAUUCAAAGAGUUUAAUAGUUACGUGACUUGUAGUUAAGGUGAAGAUAUGAAGCGAUUCAGAACAGCAUCAACGAAACGAACCUAGAAUGGAAUCAUUUAUGGAUAACUUCAGGGAGAGGAGUGAAGUGGAACGGGAGUGGCUGCAGGAGCUAUUCGUGUUCGUGAGGGACAAUCUGUUCCCGGUUCUCGGUCCAACCACCGGUAGUGUUUCCCCGGAACAGCUCUCGCUAGCCAUGAUACGGAGAGUGGAACGGGCGGUGGGCUCCUCGUCUGCCCGGUCUCUGCCGCUCAGUUACAGGCUCAUCUCCGUAGCUGAGCUGGUUACCUGGCAACGCACACCCUGCUGUAGCAACCUGACCUGGAGCACCGCUCAGCACAGAGAAUGGGUCCGGGAGGCGGAGCAGGCUCUGCCCAAUCACAAGGCUUUGCCGCGUGCCAGCCUGUUGCUGAUCGGCUGUCUCAGUGAUGGGUGUGACCCAGAGAGGUCAUGUGACGGAGCGUGGCGUGUGAGGGACGCCACCGGGACCGUGCACUGUGAGCUACUGAGCCCCUCCCCUCUCUGGCUGGGCCUGCCGGUUCUCUUCCCCUGCUGGAAUUACAUACCCCAGCCUGCACUGGGGAAGGACCAGGAAGUGGAGGAGAGGGGCUACCUGGAGCUGGUUGGCUGUCCCCUAGCCCUGACCUCUGUCCCUGAGAUGACCUUUAACCCUGCAGAGGUCAACCUGAAGAGAGCUGUGGGGGUCAGAGAAGCUGCAGAACUCAUACAGCACAGGGUGCGAGGCCUUCGUGUGAAGGUGUAUGGGGAGGUUUCUGGAGUCUACCCUCUACUGAACAUCGCAGGGAAGUCCCUCUUCUGUCUCCGUCUGAGAGAGGGACGACACACUCUACCAUUACUGGUCACGGAGCCGUGCUGUCUGUGGUGGCAGCAGUGUGUGUGUGUGGGAGGGAGUGUGUGUGUGUCGGGGCUGCGUGUGUGUGCACUGCAGGGCUGGUCUGGGAACAGGGUUCUGUGUGCAACGAGUCAGUCUUCUCUCACUUUGCUUCCUGACACGCUGAUCCAGGACCUGUCUGAUCCACCCACAUUGGACAAGCACACCCCAGACCCAGACCCUGUGGGGUUAGAUCCACCGCUGUCUGACUGCAGUAGUACUGGGUGUCCUCUCCCAGAGAGACGGGGUGCUGGACCAGACCCAGACCCUGUGGGGUUAGAUCCACCGCUGUCUGACUGCAGUAGUACUGGGUGUCCUCUCCCAGAGAGACGGGGUGCUGGACCAGACCCAGACCCUGUGGGGAUAGAUCCAACACUGUCUGACUGCAGUAGUACUGGGUGUCCUCUCCCAGAGAGAGGACCAGACCCAGACCCCUCUCCCAUCCUGAGGCCCAAACUCUCCAAGGCUAUCAGCUACAAGGGUGUGCUGACCAGUGUCCUGAGUGCGGCAGCGGGGCUCUAUGUGAUUGACGGGAAGGUGGGCCUGUGUUUGGCCUAUCAGCCACUGCAGAGGCGUGGCCUGCGUCCGGGGGCGGAGAUAGAACUCCAUGAUGUCCAUUUCCUGUACCGCCCCUCUCCCCACUUCCAUCCCUGCAUGCUCUGCGUGUGUCUACACUCCAGUCUGCGUGUCACUUCCUUCAGCCGCCUGGGGUCAGAGGUCGACCGCCCUAGCGACGCCCCGCUGCCGUGGCUACUGCUGGAGAGGAAUCUGGGCGUGUCUCAGUACCUGUGGCUCUGUCACUGCUGCAGAGCUCUAAGAGACAGACUGGUCCCUCGCUGGGUGAAAGAGGAGUGCGUGUAUGUGGUGGCUAGGAGGCUGUUUGAGUGUGUGGUAACGUCAGAGAAGGGAGGAGGGAGGAGAGACAUCUACAGAGAGAUGCUACAGGAGCCACACCACUGUCCCCUCACUGAGUACUCUGUGAGUUCUCCAGUGUGUGAGUACGUGUCGGUGUCAGACUGUGUGUGUGUGAUGGAGAAAGAGUGCUGGUCGUCUCUGUCUCUCUCCUCUCUCCUCCCAGCCUGUGGUAGUUCCCUGACUCAGGCUGAGCUGAACCCAUCUAUAGCCUGGUCCGUAGGCCUCUCUCUGGGGCAGGACAUUCAGCCCCGACCCCUACUGCUGGUCGGAGUGUUGGAGCUCCCUGGAACACACACACUCCGCCUGAGAGACCAGACCGGCGCCGUGACCUGUGUUGCCGUGGAGACUGGCGAUGAUGACUCGGGUGGUCAGAGAGCUGCCAACAACACUGCUUGGAUAGGUUGCUUGGUGUGUGUGCAGAGGUUCACCAUGGUGAUGGAGAGAUUUGUCCAAUCAGAGUUCCCUUCAUACAGACACCUGGACCAGGACAGUUACAUCACACACAAACACUGCAGGGUGUACAUCCAGCUGUGUCUGAACGACCUCCAGAUUCUCAGCCCCUCUGCUGCCAUGGCAUCACUCCUCCUCAGAGAAAACAUCAGAACGACACAGGGAGGAGAGAGGGUAGAGGGGGGAGAGAGGGAGGAGAUGAGUGAGACAGAGAGAGAGAGGAGAGAGAAAGGGGGAGAAGAGAGGGAGGAGAGGAGAGAUGAUGUUUCUGAGAGGAAGAAGAGGAGCAGAGAAGAAGAGAGGAUAGAGGAAAAGAAAGAGGAGAGAGAGGGAGGGGCCAAGAGAGCACGACAAAACCACACAGAGAACGAGACCUGCUCCCAACCAGGAGGAGGAGCCUCAUUGCCAGGCGACCGGCCCUGUAUCUCCGUGGUGAUGUGUGUGGAAGGAAAGGAGGGCGUGGCCUGGCGGAACGAGGGGAUUGCCUGUGAGGGAGAAGAGGCUGGGUUAUCUCUGUGUUUCUCUGUGAGGGCUGAUCUCAUUGGUCAAAUUCAGCGGUGGGGGCGGGACCCCAGGAACUGUCCAUUACAGGAGAGAGAGACAGACGGACAGACCAGAACGGUAGAGCUGUUGUUUGUGAGGUCAUCAGUACGCUGGUUUCCUCUGAUCCAGGCUGGAUCUUUCUACAGACUCAUCGCUCCAAACACCCAGGAUCCCAGUGUUCUGAUUGGCUGUCGUGUUGCUGGGAGGAGUGGUGUAGUGCUCCAUACGAACCCCUCCCUCCUUGUGCGCUCUGAUUGGAGGAUCCACACCUUGACCCACCCACUCCUGACCACGCCCUACUCCCAGUUUGUUUCUCAGAAGGUCAUGUCUGUGGCUGAGGUCCUAGACUGCAGCAGUGGGGUGGAUCUGGUGUCGUUCCAUGGAGUCAUAUCCCAGAGGAUUACCCUACAGAGAGGAACGACCACACACACUCCUACACAGAGAGGAACGACCACACACACUCCUGCACAGAGAGACGUGGAAGCAGGACUGAGUGUGAGGUUGACGGUGUGUGUGGAGCCCAGAGGGCGGAGCCUGCAGGUCUAUUUGGACCUAAGCCUCACCCCCUACCCUCCCGGCCUGGUACCCGGAAACACUGUCCAGUUUACCAGCUUCCAACGCAGGCUGUCACGGGUGGGAGGGGUGUAUUGUCGUUCUGUCCCAGUCAGCUGUUUGACCAUCAUGGCCCUGGGAAAGACAGACACCCAGUCAUGUGACUCUCCUCCUCCCAUGAUCCUCUUGGGUGUGUGGGCAUUGGCAGGGGCAGAGCAGUGCAUUUUGGGCCGGGUCAGAGGUCAUGUGGUGUGUGUUCUCUACCUGCAGCUGCAGUGGACUUGUUCUCUGUGUGGCAGUAUAUACACACAGGAGAGGUGUACUCGGUCUCAGCCUCCCUGUAAUUCUACCUCUGCUGUGUUUCAGGCCGAAGCCAAGGCAGCUGUAGAGGAUGGCAGUGGAGAGGCCCAUAUUUGGUUCUCCUGUCCAGUAAUUUCCGGUUUACUGGGGUUAGCCAUGCCCCAGUGGGAAGGGCUUCAGAGGUCACUGAGGGUCAGAGGUCACCUCAGGGUCUACACUCGGGGGCGGAGCCUGGUGUGUGAUGUGGAUGCUGACGACCCUCUCCUCCAGUACCUGUCCUGUGUGUGUAGCAGCAGCACUGUGUGUCGCCCCCUAACUCUCAUCUGCACUCUACACACACGUUCACACACACCUGCUGCACGCAGAGAGGACUCUUCCCAGCUGAAGAGGUUUACCCGAGGAGACAGAGAGUUUGUGACUCGGAUGCCCCCCCCUCUCCAACUCACCUGUACACACAUCCUGGAGGAGAGAGAGCGGGACUGAGAGUGCGAUAGGGAGACUGAGAGAGCGAUAGGGAGACUGAGAGAGCGAUAGGGAGACUGAGAGAGCGAUAGGGAGACUGAGAGAGCGAUAGGGAG